CUACAGUUACAGCAGUGUGAUAGGUCACAAUAGAAUCUCUUCAAAGCUCUUCAUAGUUCAUACGACAUAUCCGGCAGAUCGCUAUUGCUGGAGCACUCGUGAACAAAGCAGCAAUCAAAGAUGGUGAGCGUGGCAACCUACUUCGGGAUGUCCUUGGGAGCCUUCGUCUUCUGGCAUUCCAUGGAUAAAAUUCACGUCUGGAUCGCUCUCCAUCAAGACGAGAAGAAGGAGAGGUUGGAGAGGGAAGCGGAAAUUAGAAGAGUUAGAGAUGAGCUGCUCGCCAAACAGAAGGAUUCUGUCGCCUGAAAUGGAAUUAAAGAGUUCUGCGUUGCUGGUGGUUUUUCUCUUUACUUUUGAUUCAUUGUGGCGUUUUUUACUUUGAAUUCUAUUACAUUUAAGACUUAAAAAAGAAGUCUUUAAGCAUAAUGACCAUGAUUGCCAUGGGAAUUUGAUUCUCUUGAUCUUUUUGAUAAAUUUCCUCCUCUUUCUGAUGGAAAGCAAGGGACGUUGGGGUGUACUUUGUGUUUUUGUUUGUUCAGCUCCUUUGUAGACAGGGAACUAUUUAACUCAAGUAUCUCUGGAUCUUUAUGCUUUUAGCUAACUGAGGAGCAUCAUUUCUUUGUAGAGCUAGCCUCUAAACCGUUGUUUCACAGAGCAGAUCAUUGUUUAUAAUCCCUAGCCGCAUUUGUAAAAUGCCAAAACGAUUUUGAGGA